AUGUCGACCGAUAAUCAGUUCUCUUCCCUUUAUAAGAUAUUCAGUGAUGAUUCCAUUCCAAUUGACCAAAAAUCACAACUUCUGACCAAAUUCAAAGGUCACGUCAAGAAAGACUACAUCAAUAUCAACAAUUUCCAAAUAUAUCUCGACACUUUACUGCUAAUACCGCAAAAAUAUCCAAAUUUUACUGAUUUAAUAGUACUUUCAUAUUCUACACUUUGCUAUUUGAUAAAGAGACUCAUUAUUCAGUCUCCAGAUAUCAUCUUAUCAGAUGAUAUAAUGGAUAAAUUAUUAAAUUAUUUCAUUACAAAUAAUAAUCAAUUUCAAAAAAUUAAUAAAUUAUGGUCAUUAGCAAUUAAAACUUUGGAAUCAAUCAAUCAAUUAAAUCCAAUAAUUUUAUCAAAUCAUUUGAAAAAUAUAUUAAUUAAUGAAAUUAAUCGUGAUUUUAAUCGUAUUAAAUUCAUUUUAUUAUUAUUAAAUGAAUUAAUUGAAUUAAAUAAGACAAACAAAGAUUCUAUACUAUUGAAUUUUAUACCAUCUUUAACAAAAUUAUUCAAUGAUAAUACUUUAUUCGAAAAAAAUCAAUUAGAAAUCAUCUGUCAUCUAAUCAAUGAUAUUUUUAAGAGAAAUUCAACAAAUUUAACUACAUUACAAGAUUUCAUUAACGGUAUUAACGAUAAAGAAAUUAAAUCAAAUUUCAUAUCGGAUAAUAGCGAUAAUAAUGAAGGAAACAAUCUUAUCACGGUUUUUGACUUGAAUUUUGAAUUCAAUACAAUUUUAAAUGAAUUUAAACUACCAAAAUUAUCAAAUAUUGAUCAAAUUGCAACAGGUAACGAUAAUUCAUUAAUUUAUCAUUCAUUAAAUCAAUUAAAUAAUGAUUUGACAAAUUUAUUAUUACCUUUCCAAACAUUGAAGGAAACUGAACAAAACUGGAAAUCAAGACAAUCAAAUAUUAUAACGAUAAGGAAAAAAUUUCUCAUAAAUCAAAAAUUAAUAUUAGAAAAUAAAUUUGAAUUCAUUUCGAUUUUAAAAAAUUUACAAUUCAUUGAUUGUAUUUCAAAAACUGCAUUAUCACUAAGAACAACUUUAUCAUUAAAUACCUGCCAAUUAAUUAAAGAUCUUUUAACAAUUAUUGGAGAUGAUUUGACAAUAUCAAUAUUAGAUCAGCUUUUUCUUAUAUUAAAAAAUUUAUUAUCUUCAACUAAAAAAAUUUCGUCUCAAGUAUCUUUGCAUAUCUUAUUAAUAAUGUUUAUUAAUAUUGACUUCCAUAAUAAAUUAUUUCAACAAUGUUUCCUAUUAAUUAGUGAAAAAACCAUCAUACCAAGAAACACAUCCGCUAUUUUAUUAAAAAUUUUCGUAUUAAAAUUCCAUGGAACAAACAAAUUCGAUAAUAAUUUGAUUUAUGUGGAAGAAUGGUUAAAGAAAGGUCUUACCGAUGCCCAAACUGUCGUAAGAGAAUCAAUGAGAUCAACUUUUUGGUACUUUUAUAAAGUUUAUCCAACAAAUGCCAAGAAUUUGAUUAAUAAUUCAUUGAAUAAUAAUCAAUUAAGAAAAUCAAUUGAACUAUCAAUCCCAAAUCAUUUAAAUAUCUCUUAUGAAAGAAUCACAAUAAAUUCAAAUGACAGUUCCAGAAGAUCAAGCCUGUUAAAUAGUAAUUUCCAAAUAAAGAAAAAAUUUCCAAAUUAUGCUCAGCCAACUCAUUCAUCAGCAAAUAAUUUAAGAUCCGUAAGUGAGUUUUCAUUAAGAAACAACAAAGAUGUUGCUGAUGCUCAUGACAAUAAACGUCUCAAACCAAAUAAUGAAGAUAGGCAUACCCCAAAGAGAAAAGUAAGUGCACCGGUGGCCACGAAUUUUAGCAAUGCUGGUACGUAUAAUAACAACAAUAAUUAUAAUAGUGAAAAUUUCGAUUUGACAGAUGAAUUGACAAACCCACAUUCUACUUCAUUAAUCAAUAAAUACAUGGAUAAUCAUAGCAAUAAAACCAGUGAUACCAAGAACAACAGCCAAAUAGAAACAUCCGAAUUUGAUGUUAAUAAAAUUUAUGCGUCAUUUGAUAACGAUUUAAAUUACAAGCAAUCGUUACAGCUGCUGCAAAAUUACUUAUUGCAACAGCAUAAAAACUUGAAGCUAGAUUUUUCCAAGAUUUCAUCACCACUUAGAAAAAUCAUUAUUAAACAUCCAUUAGAUUUCAAACAAUUGUUGACCAUAACAAAUUUCAUUACAUCCUUAUCAUUGAGUUACAUCAUUGAAUUAUAUUCCAUUAAUAAUUUGGAUUUCAUGGAUUUAUUUUCAAAAUUGUCUUUAAAAAAUACUCAAGCUAUUAUUGAUGAAAUCGAUAAAUUGCUGAAUGAAUUAAUAUCAAUCGAUAACGAUCAAUUAAUUUCAAUAUAUCAUAUGAAACAUAAAUUCAAAAUUUUCAAUUUUAUCUUUGAAUUUUUGAUCGCAUUAUUGAAAGAUAGUUCAAAUUUUGAAUUCAAUAGAAUCUUAACAUCAUUAUUCAAAAUUUAUGGGAAUGAAUUUGAAAAUAAAUUGUAUUUCGAUGUCUUAUUCGAAUUGUAUAAAAGGGAUCAAUCAGUGUUCGCUGGCACUUUUAUGAAUUUCAAUUUAAUUUCAACGAAACUAAAAAUUUUCAAUGAAUUCAAGUUAAGAGAUUCUAAUGUGAAUGAAGAUAUUCUAAAUAACAAUUCUUCAAAAAUUGAAAAUGACUCUAGUGAAGAUGAAACUGAGCAAGAUGAUUUAGAAAUGAAAAGGUAUAUGGAAAUGACAAUGGUCAAUCCCUUCAACCCAACCAAGACAAUCAAUAAUAACAUGAUGGCUAACGAUAUGACUAAAACAAAGCUAUCGGAUAUGACGAAAGUCGUAAGUGUUUAUCAAGACUUGUCAACAAUGAAAGGUCGUGAAGUUGACUAUGAUGAAGAUGAAACUGAAGUUAAAAAUGAAAAUGAAAAUGAAAAUAACGUUAAUCUUAGCGAUAUUUUCAAUACUGAAAAGGAAAAUGAACAUACAGUUAAGUUUAGUAAUGAGCCACCUAAAAUUAUUGAAAAUAAUAUUUUCACUUCCAAUGAAAAUAAACAAAAUCGUAUAAACAAUGAUGUCAUUGAAAAGGAAAUUAUUGAACAGAAGAAACCAUUAAACUCAAUUUUACAUUCUACGAAGAAAGAAAAUCCAAGAACAACUUUUGAUAUCUUAAAAGAAUUCCCAAAAGAUUCAUCAAGCUUCUAUGAACUUUCAAUUUUAUUAUCAAUCUAUGAUAGACUUGAUACCACCUCUCAAUUCAAUAAUAUGUUGAAAGCAUUUAAUAGAAUAAAGAGUUUGACGUUCACUAUAAAACAUUUAAAUUAUCUGAUAUUACCAUUAAUUACCUUUGUUAAUGAAAAUGAAAAUUUAUUAUUAUGGCUCAAAGAAAAUGAUGGAAUUAAUGAAAUUUUGAGAGUUUGUUUGAUAUUACUAAAAUCUACAGACGAGAAUUUACUGAUUCCAACAAAUAUAACAAAAAAGUUAUUAAUUCUAAUCCAAUGUCUCUUAAUAUUCAAUAAGAAGUUAGAAAACCAAUUUAUUAUUUCAAAUGGCUUAUUAUUAGAAAUUUGGGACCAAAUAUUUUUAAUGAUUGACAAAUUAUCUGAUUUUAAUAACGAAAUUUAUGUUACAAUAAUUGAAACAAGAUCAAUCUUCAUUGAAACCGAUUUUUUCACUUCCAAAACGAUAACUAAGAUCUUACAAACAAUAGUAAUGGAUCCAACUUACGAUGAUAAUGAUACGAAAAUGCAAAAUAUCAAGACUGAAGAUGGUUAUGAUGAUGAAAAUAUCAUUAUUAAUGAUAAAUCAAAAGGUUUGAAGGAAACAUUUUUGAUGAACACAAUUCACGAAAUUCUCAGAAACAAAAAAUCAGAUAUGAAGUUCCAUCACUUCCAAAUAUCGGAAAUCGUUCAGACUGUAGCUUUUUUCACAAAUAAAAAAUUGAAUGAUUGGAGAUAUAGUAGUAUUCUUGUAUUAGUGGACUCGUACAAAAUUUGCCAAAAUAUGAAAGAUUUGGGUAGUCAAGAAAUCAAUAACAUAUUCAGUUGCCUAGAUGCCAAUAUUUUCAAGUUGGUCAAGAUAAUGGCUUCCAAUUCAAACUAA